ACCUCUGUGCAGUGACUGAGUUUCAUAAAACUGUGCCAUAGCUGUGAGUGACAGCACGGAGGCGGGCGGAAGUGGCGUGGAAUCUCGCGCAAGAAAGCCCGGCUGGCGCGCCAAAUUUCAAAGGACUUCCUGGGGAAAAGAACGCGAAAACCUCUGUUUAGCAAAGAACGACGAUUAAAUUGGACAUAAGUCAAAAGUGAUCAAAAUACUAAAGUAUAUCCAGAGUUUUAGACAAUCGGCACCGUUAGCAUCAUAUUUAGGCAGUGGAAGAGAAUUCAAGUGCACCAGAUUCGACCCACGUUUGUGGAGAUUGAACUACCUCAAGCUGCCAGUUCUAGCCCCCAGCCUUUUAGUGUCCAUUUCUGAACUAGUUAGCUUAGACAACUGUAACCAUUAGCAUUUACAACUGAUAUUUAGAGGACGUUACUCAGCAACUAACCGUGCAGGUUAUAGAUUGUAUACAAUAUAGGUUUUAACUUUCACUUUUAAAACAAGAGUUUUAAUGUUGACUCUUUUCAAAUUCAUUCAACACCACAUACUAAGAACAAAGCCUUUACCAGCAUUACAGACGGCUUUUUUAAAUCACAUUUACUGACUUAAUUGCUAUUUAAGCCAUGGAAAGCUCUAUGUAAGAAAGUAGCUGUUACUGACUGGGGUGGGGAUCGGUGAGUCGUGGCCAUGCUGACCGGAGUCCAGCCGUGUUUCCAGCUGCUGAGAAUCGGCUCGUCCUCCACAGAUUUGGCCCAGGACCUGUACACGUUCCGGCCGGCGCUGACCCACUCAGUGUUUCGGCUGGGCCGUGCGGCAGAGCUGUGUGAUGUCACCCUGGACUCGACGUCCGUGUCCCGGGUCCAUGCCGAGCUGCAUGCUGAGAGGGAGGUGGAGGGGGAGGUGGAGGGGGGCUGGAAGGUGCAGCUAAAGGACCGGAGCAGCCAUGGUACCUGGGUGAAUGAGGUCCGUCUGCAGCCCAGUGUCCAAUGGGAGCUCUCAGAUGGUGACACACUCACCUUCGGCUGCCAAUCAGAGCGAGGGAGCCCAGAGUUCUACUUUCUCUUCCAGAAGGUUAGCGUGCGGCCGUUGGACUUUGACGCCAUCACCAUCCCCAAGGCCGGCACCUUCUCCUCCGACCUGAAGAACCGAAUCAGAACGAGCCUGGACCGCAAGGCGGUGGCCAACUUGGAUCUCUCCACUUGGUCAAUCAACAGGGCGACUGUCAUUCUGAAUUCCAUUGGAAGCCUGAGCAAGAUCAAUGGGAGUCCUUGGACAUUUAAGAGGAGUGACGGCAGUAUCACAGACCCAAACUCCACCUCCCCGCCUUUUACAUCCUUGGUCCCGCCCUCCACCCCUCCUCCCUUCCCGCCCACUACCACUGUGGUCUCAUCCAAGUCACUCCCGGCGUCAUCCAAGAGCAGGCGCAAGUCAGCCCACACUGUACUUCUGGAGGAUGACAGCUCGGACGAGGCCAGGAACCACCGAAGCGUGAAGGACAUCCAGAGAGGGACGAAGAGAAGACGCCUCUACAAGUCUGAGUCUGAGGGUUUCCACGCUUCUUUAGCCAAAACGGACCAGGAUGUACGACGCCAGUUCGAACUGAAGCCUGUGCCUAAACCGAUUGCAAACGGUCACGCAAUCGUCGCUAACGGCAAACUCAACCACGUAUCCUUCAACAUCAAUCAGAGGCGGGAGAUCGACCCAAACCAUCAAAGGACUGGCCCAAAUAUGAACGUCUCUGUGUUUCGCCAGCAGAAUAUUUUUCCGCCGCCAUCUUCUGGGAGGGGAAGGCGACGGGCUCACAGCUCCCCAGUGUACUCCCCUAUGGUGGUGGGAGGAGAGAGCUACUCGCUGGUGUCCCCGUCCCUUAGGAUCUGCAAAGAGGAGAGAGCACGGCCAGGGCAGUUUGCCAGAUUUCAUGUCACCACUGGCAAGCGGCGGGGCCGACCAAGGAAGCACCCUCCUCCGCGGCCCUCCCUUCCCCCUCCUUCCUCUUCCUCCUCUUCCUCCACAUCCUCCUCGUCCUCCUCUUCGAGCUCCUCCUCGUCCUCCUCAGAAGACGAAGAGGAGGGGGUGGUAUCCCAGGGGGUGGAGCCCUGUGCCGCGCCUCGCUGCCACCUGCCCCAGCAGGACACGGUGCAGUGGGUCCAGUGUGACGACUGCGACGCCUGGUACCACCUGGACUGCCUGCACUGCGACCGCAAGAACCUCCUGCUGGACCCCAACGCAGACUUCCACUGUGGCUGCUGCUGAUACAGUGGGAGUGGGUCACAGCCCCUAAACUAGAACACACUUAAAUGCCUUAAUCAUACCACAGGGAAUGUGGGGCUUGUUUAUGGAGAGAGGAAAAAAGACGAUUGUUGUAUAAUGGGGAUUGUAUGAAUUUUAAAAAAGUAGAUGUUGUACAGUGUUUGUGGAGUUUUUUUUUAGCUGUGACUGAGGCUGUCAUGGACAGUGGGGUGGGUCUCAUCUACGUGAUAGUUAGAGGCGGUCCUAAACUUGACAUUUUUCAGUGUUCAUCCACGUUCGCUCUGUUUGCCAAAUAGAGUGACAGCUAGGACUCGGGUUAGCAGUGGAGACCCCGGGGACUGAUAUCAGCUACACAAGGGCUACUCUCUGGUGUACAGUAUAAGUCUGGAAACAAGUAGAUGCACAGUGACAGAGAGCAGGUUUAUAACUUCAUGUGCUUAAGUACUUUGAUAUCGGGUUGUGAAUAAACCCGCUGUUGAUUGGGGCUAAUGGAGGUGGUAUUGGAGUUACACAAUAUGCAUUGCAAUACUCUCAUCACACACACACCAAAAAUAAUCGCGCAAGGAUGUGCUUAGCUUGGUUCUAUCCCGUUGAGUAAAGAUGUUUACGCAAAGAGGAGCAUGGGUUUUCUGUGUUUCUACCAUCUAAGUCGUUGUUUUAAUCUUCUCUUAAAGACUGUUUUGAUAUGGGAAUUCAGAUCUAUAACACGCAGACUUGUUUUUUUUUGUCUUCUAAUUAAACGUAAGCUUUCUGGUGA